CUCUUUCGCGAAGGACCAUUCCGGCCAAGUGCCUGUUGGUAGGAGCCAGCUUGACGUCGGGUCUGGGGGUGCUCGUAGGUGCCAGUGGUUGAAGUCGGCGUCGCGGAGAAGCCAAAGCAGAGGAGACGCCAUGGACGAUCAGGGCUGCCCCAGGUGUAAGACCACCAAAUACCGGAACCCUUCGCUGAAGCUGAUGGUGAACGUGUGCGGACACACUCUGUGUGAGAGCUGUGUGGAUUUGCUGUUCGUGAGAGGAGCCGGGAACUGUCCUGAGUGCGGUACUCCACUGAGAAAGAGCAACUUCAGGGUACAGCUCUUUGAAGAUCCCACCGUUGACAAGGAGGUUGAGAUUCGGAAAAAGGUGCUGAAGAUAUACAACAAAAGAGAAGAAGAUUUUCCUAGUCUACGAGAGUAUAAUGAUUUCCUGGAAGAAGUUGAGGAAAUUGUCUUCAACUUGACCAACAAUGUGGAUUUGGAGAACACCAAAAAGAAAAUGGAAAUAUAUCAAAAGGAAAACAAAGAUGUCAUUCAGAAAAACAAGUUAAAGCUGACUCGGGAACAGGAGGAGCUGGAGGAAGCGUUGGAGGUAGAGCGGCAGGAGAGCGAGCAGCGAAGACUGUUCAUCCAGAAGGAAGAGGAGCUGCAGCAGAUUCUGAAGAGGAAGAACAAGCAGGCCUUCUUAGACGAGCUGGAGAGCUCCGACCUCCCUGUUGCUCUGCUCUUGGCUCAGCAUAAAGACAGAUCUACUCAGCUGGAAAUGCAGCUAGAGAAGCCCAGAUCCACAAAGCCAGUGACCUUUUCCACAGGCAUUAAAAUGGGUCAACAGAUUUCAUUAGCACCAAUCCAGAAGCUUGAAGAAGCUCUCUAUGAAUACCAGCCCCUGCAGAUAGAGACCUGUGGGCCCCAAGUUCCUGAGCUCGAGAUGUUAGGAAGACUUGGGUAUUUAAACCACGUCCGAGCCGCCUCUCCGCAGGACCUUGCUGGUGGCUACAUCUCCUCUCUGGCUUGUCACAGGGCACUGCAGGAUGCGUUCAGUGGGCUUUUCUGGCAGCCCAGAUAAACCAUAAGAUUUGGAUCUGGGAGCCAAACCAAGGAGCUUGCAAGAAAGAGAUGUGUAAAAUCCCAGCACACAGCUGCCCAGGCUGCGCCGCCUCUCGCCGCUGUGCCCAGGUGUUUCUUCCAGUCUGACUGAGGCUGCGAAGUGUGCUGCCUCUAGACUCCUGGAAGAGCUUUAUCUUCUGCUUCUGUUCUUCAGAGAGGGGUUGAAGCAUUGACCCUCAUCUCACAGGAAAGGAAUAAAGGAUUUCCCUAUGUAUGGACUUGACAGACAUAUACACAUUUUUUUAAAUAAAGCUUGACUUUAUGGUA